UCACUGUGGUGCCGUACAUAUGUAGAGGGACAAUGUGUGUGUGAGUGAUAGGCAAAGGUGAUAUCAGCUAGUCCAGGUGCUGUGAAACUACAAGUCCCAUAAUGCACUGCAAGCAGGGGCUUGUAAUUCCAAAGUGAACAAGCUGCACGGUCAUGCUGGGAUUUGUAGUCCCACAGCAUCUGGAAAAACCACAUGUCCCUAAGACGUAGAUACAUCACAGACUGGUUGGCAUUCCAAGACUUUUAGUUCUACAACUGCUCUAGAGCUCCGGGCUGUCUGCCACCGAUAAGAUAAUAUUUGUAAAGAGAAAAAGUGCGUGUGGAAAAGACAAGGAAUGUGUAAAGUGCAGAGCCGCCCAGCCGAGAGGGUUAUGUAUGUUCCCAGGGCAGCAUCCAUGCAGUAGGUGUGUGUCGGUUAUGCUGCGUGCGUCUGUGAACUGCUGAGCACAAAGGAGAAAGGAUGCUGUCACUGUUCAAGGUUUUUCCUACCCCUUAUUAUAUGUAUACAGAGUGUGUACAAUGCUGUAAAAGACGUCUUCUACUGUGUAGAACAAGAGAUCUUGUAGAGCAUGCCAGGAAGUACAGCUUACCAGCAGGUGAUAUCAAAUCACUACGGAGUAUCAUCAACCCUCCAAUAUCCAAGAUCAGAAACAUAGGGAUCAUGGCUCACAUUGAUGCUGGGAAAACCACAACCACAGAGAGAAUGCUGUAUUAUUCUGGUUACAUUAGGGCUCUCGGAGAUGUUGAUGAUGGGGACACUGUGACGGAUUUUAUGGCACAGGAAAGAGAGCGUGGUAUCACCAUUCAGUCAGCUGCUGUCACAUUCGACUGGAAUGGUCACCGAAUCAACUUGAUUGACACGCCAGGACAUGUGGAUUUCACUGUAGAAGUAGAACGCUCCUUGAGGGUGUUGGAUGGAGCAGUAGCAGUGUUUGACGCGUCAGCAGGUGUGGAGGCUCAGACGCUGACAGUGUGGCGACAAGCAGACAAACACUCUGUACCACGGAUAUGUUUUCUAAACAAGAUGGACAAACCUGGAGCCAGCUUUGCAUACUCUGUUGAAAGCAUCAAAGAAAAAUUAAAGGCCAAACCUUUGCUGGUACAGCUGCCAAUAGGAGAAGGCAAAUCAUUCCAAGGUCUGGUGGAUUUGCUGAGCAUGGAAACUCUCACUUGGAGCCCUCGAUCCAGUCAGGAUGGUGGGAGAUUAUUUGAGAGGAAACCUCUGAAAGACUCCCAGGACCCAGGUCUUCAGAGAUCAGCCAGUGAAGCAAGAAAUGCCUUAUUAGAACAAGUGGCUGAUCUGGAUGAUGAGUUUGCUUCCGUAAUCCUUGGGGAGCACAGCGAGGAUUUCACUCUAGUACCAGUGGAAAAGUUACAGUCUGCUAUACGCAGGAUCACUCUGGGUCACCUGGCAGUUCCAGUCCUGUGUGGCAGCGCCUUGAAGAAUAAAGGGGUCCAGCCUCUGUUGGAUGCCAUCACACUGUAUUUGCCGUCUCCUGAUGACUGUUCUCAUGACUUUAUGUCCUGGUACAAGGAUGACCUAUGUGCCCUGGCAUUCAAGGUUCUGCAUGAUCGGCAGCGUGGACCCCUGGUCUUUGUCCGGAUUUACUCAGGAACGAUGAAGGCACAAUCAGCAAUACACAAUGUGAACAAAAACUGCACGGAAAGGAUGAGUCGGCUGCUCUUGCCCUUUGCUGACCAGCAGGUUGAAAUAUCCUCCUUAUCUCCUGGAAAUAUUGCUCUGACUGUCGGCCUUAAAGAGACGGCAACGGGAGACACCAUUGUGUCCUCCAAAGCAGCUGCGUCGGCCGCCGCUCGCCGAGCAGGAAGGGUUGGAGAGAAGAACAAGGACCGAAAUGCGCAGGAGAGCCUUGUAUUGGCUGGAGUAGAGAUUCCGGAACCAGUUUUCUUCUGUACUAUAGAACCUCCCUCUGUAGCCAAACAACCUGAUUUGGAAAAUGCACUAAAGUGUCUUCAGUUAGAAGAUCCGAGCUUAAAAGUGAAGAUUGAUCCGGACUCUGGCCAAUUGAUUCUCUGUGGAAUGGGUGAACUUCACAUAGAGAUCAUCCAUGACCGUAUACGGAGGGAGUAUAAACUGGAGACCUACCUAGGACCUCUGCAGAUUGCAUACAGGGAAACCAUUCUCUCUUCGUCCCGAACGUCAGAUACUUUGGACAGGACGAUAGGUGAACACCGGCACCAAGUGACGGCAGACGUAGAAGUAAAUCCCUUGAUUGAUGAAAAGCAAAUGAUUGCAUAUGCUGGUAAUCUGCAGCAAAGUCUAUCAGAGGAAUAUAAGGAAGCAAUAGAAAGUGGCAUCCACAGUUCUUGCCUAGCAGGUCCUCUGCUCGGUUCCCCAUUGCAGGAUGUUGCAGUCACUGUUCAUGCGCUUACUGUGCGUCCUGGCACUUCCAUGACCAUGGUGUCUGCUUGUGUCUCACGGUGCAUGCAGAAGGCUUUGAAGAAAGCAGAAAUGCAGAUUCUGGAGCCUCGGAUGCAAGUGGAGAUCACGAUCAGUGACAAUUACCUGAGUAGUGUCCUGGCAGAUCUGUCACAGAGGAGAGGCAACGUACAAGAGAUACAGGACCGCUUAGAUAAUAAAGUGGUGCUAGCCCUGGUUCCACUUUCAGAACUGAUGGGGUAUUCUACAGCACUGCGCACAAUAACGUCAGGCCGGGCAACGUUUACACUUGAAUUAUCAAACUAUGAAGCCAUGAAUUCCCAGGACCAGCAUGUUCUGCUCAGGAAGAGAGGACUUGUGUGAUCCAAGAGGUGACAAGAACAGACAUUACCAUCUUCCUCCUUCACUUUGCAAUGACCAUAAAAGAAGUUCCUUGUGUUUCAUCACUGUUUUUUUAUUUUUUUAAAUACUUAUUUCAUAAAAUAAAAUAAUAAAUGUGCUGA